CAGGCCUCUCCAGCACACAUUCUAAGAUAUAUUAUAUUUUUGAGGAUAGAUCAUGGGGCAGGUUAUAAGUCUUAAAUUUUAAAAAUAGUCAUAUCAUGUAUCAACUCAGACUAAAUUGCAACAAAAAUAGAAAUUAGUAACAAAACUGUCAAAAUUGUCUCUUAGGUUAUAGAAACAAUGUGAAUUUUCAUAUCCUGUUACUUCUUCCAGAUUAAAAAAAAAUGGCCACAUUUAUACCCAUUGAUUUUACUACUUUAACUCAAGGAGAAUACGAAGAAGAAAGCACCACAAAACCAAGAUGUGUAGCAUAUGAACAAUAUGAAGAAAUUACAGCAACAGAGACUGAACUAUAUGAAACAGAAGAACAGGAGACCUUAACCUAUGACACACCAAGAAAAUUCGCUGGAUUACUCCAGUCAGGGAAAACAGAAGAAACUGAUCAAGAUUACUACCCAGAUUAUUUCAUGGAAGGUAUUACUCAAAAACCCGUAGUUGUUCCGAAGCCAGGGACUCCUAAAAAGAAAGAGAAACCAAAGGAAAAAGAGGAUGAAACCCAAGUGUGUCCCAGGAUGAGGAAAGCCAAAGUUCCA